AUGACGUCACACAACAAUAUGGCUCUCGGGGUUUAUUCAAAGAGUUGAUGAAACAUAUAAACAGCGUUAUACGUCAUGGAGAGGAUUGUUGCAUUGUAAAACAGACCAGUUUAUUUACCGUUAAUAUUAUCCUAGCGUUUUGAUCAAUUGCUGACAAAAACUCAUCCAAAUUAGAACAUGGAGGUACCUGAUGAAACAACACUGUCUACCUCAUAUGUUUUUCGAGGCAUAGAAUAUAUCAUCACCAUGAUUAUUCAAGGAGGAAAUUCAUUAACAGUUGAAGUAGAGGAUCGCUUGACAGCAGAUCAAUGGAGAGCUCAGUUUGAUUCAGCAUAUAUUGAAGACCUGACUCACAAGACAGGAAACUUCAAACAAUUCCAUAUAUUUACUAGUAUGUUGGAAUCUGCAAUCACACAGAGUAGUGACAGUGUAUCCUUGGAUCUUCUGACCUUUGCUGAUUUAGAAUCCCUCCGUCAGAGAAAAGUUGGAACUGCUGCAGCAAAAACCAGUAUCCCUGCCAAUAGAACUGUGUCAUUGAAUUCCAAGAGAUAUCUUAUUCUGACUUACACUGUGGAAUUUGAUAGGAUCCACUAUCCCUUACCUCUUCCAUACAUGGGAAAACCUGAUCCCAGGGCAUUACAAGAAACUAUACGUCAACUGAGGGAGGAACUUAAAACUCUCAGACAUCAGCAGGGUGGCUCAGAUUUUAGGAUAAAAGAAGUUGAAAAACUACAAAAAGAAAACAAAGCCUUACUAAAAGAGAAAGAAGAAAUCGAAGAGGAAUUUUUAAGGUUUAGAAGAGAGAUGAAGAACACCUCCACAGGAAGUGCUGUAAAAGAAAUCAGAAUGUUGAAAUCAGUGACAAAGAACCUGGAGGAGGAACUGAUGAAGGAGAAGACGAGGCACCAAAGAUCCACCAGCAAGAGGAGUCAGGAAUACAGAGAUCUACUGGAGGAGGUGGAAGAAUUACGAGCUUCAGAGAGGAAUUUAAGAGUUCGAGUAAAAAGUCUCACCAAUGAGUUGGCAGUUUACAAAAGGGAUAGAGUUAGAACCUCGAGACCUUCAACUCGAGACAGGUGCAACACAUCUAGAGAUCGAUCAGGGUCAUUUACAAGAGAGAGAUCUUUAUCUCGAGACAGAUCAUGGUCCAGUGACCGCUUGUCAGCGAGAGAGAGGUCUUUGUCAAGAGAUCGCCCUUCCUCAAGAGAGCGACCCUCCUCAGCCAAUAAUAGCCGUUUCAGUAACAGAUCGUCGUCUUCCUAUUCAAAUCGUCACAACUACAAACCAAGGAGUCGGACACCAUCACCUGCAGGAGCAAGAAAUCCCAGGUUUGAUCCCACAGCAUACAUCAAAGAUAAAGAAAGAAAGAAAAAGGAGGCUUCAAUGAAAAAACAGAGAAACAUGAAAUCUAACAUAUCAGGUGUUUCCAAUAGAUCAAAACCUUCCCCUCAACACAUCUCAAGGUCUAUACGAAACAGGACAAGAACAUCAUCAUUUGGGAGUGCGGGUGAACUUAGUGACGGUGGAUUCUCCGACUCCUCCUACUCCAGACUCCGCGUCCUGAACAGGAACCCUCCGCGGAACCACCAAAGGAACGGCUCCGUUGACUCCUCCAAAGGCUCAUACCUCUCUAGUCCAGACAUUCCUCAGAAGACUCGAAGUAGAACUGGUUCAGGAAGACAAUCCAAAGUUCCUGUAUCUAGUACUCCAGAUAACGAGAUCCGAACACGACGGAAAAGACCCUCACAUAAAGAGAACAUUCCGUUAAGUGGAGAUGACAGUGAUUCUUUUGACCGCUCAGCAGAGAUUUCUGAAAUUGAUGCCAGACUGGCGCGACUCCAACAGAUGAUGAAGAACAGUAUAGACUGAGAUCAGUCGUGUGAUAGUCCAUAUAGGCUAGCAUAGACUGGGUACCAAGUUAAUAGGAACCAGAUUACUGUAAUGUACUGUACAGGGAGUCAGUUGUCGCAACACUGCAAAGUCUCAUUCCUGAACAUAAUCUUCAAAACACUGUGUGUUGUUUCUUCUCGAUACAUGUUCCAUGUAUAAGGAAAAAGAUUUUCUUUAUAUGCAGUUUUACACUGGAUGGAAAAUUGGAAGAGAACUUGGAUAUGUAUUGCAGUAACAUUAUCAGGGUUGACUAUGGUACUUUUGAAAUAUCUCUUAAAGAUUCAAACACAUUGCAUUUUUUCUAGAGCAGAUUUCUAGGGAAGAAUUAUGGUAAGAGUAGAUUUUUUAUUUAGGAUGAUAGGACAUUGUAUGAGAUUUGAAUGGAGAGGUGCAAGUUGUUAAGUUUGUACUUUUAGUCUGUGUGUAUUUAUUUAGCUGUGUAUUUGUUUCCAGUAAGGUGAGAGAAGAUGGAUCUAUUAUUUAUACAUUUAUUGGGCACAUAUUAAAACUGAUAAAUCAU